UUCUCUCUCACGCAGUCACACACACUCAUGCUCUCUCUCAUUCUGGAAAGCUAAAGUGGGAAAAGGAAACAAACUGUUUGUGUAGUUUGAAAUGGUUGCGUGAACAAGAAGUCUGUAAUCUUUGUGUAGUUCAUUUCCUUCACUUGAGAGAUUCAUUUUCGCUUCUGAAUUUGCUCAGACGAGUAAGUUUCUUGCUGGGGUUUUUCUGGGAUAGCUGAGUUGAGUAUGGGGAAGAAAGAUCAGAAUCAAAAGGAUAAAGAGAGAGUUCAGGCCGUACUUGAACUUCUGAAGAAACAAGCUCCCCUUUCUGUAAAACAGGAGAAGUUCUGCAACAACGCAUGUGUGGAACGGUUUCUGAGAGUGAAAGGCGAUAAUAUGAAGAAAACAGUGAAGCAGCUGAGGAACUGCCUUGCUUGGAGAGAGAGUUUAGGCACCGACCAUUUGAUAGCUGAUGAAUUCUCUGCCGAGCUUGCUGAAGGCUUAGCUUAUGUUGCUGGCCAUGACGAUGAAUCAAGACCUGUCAUGAUUUUUCGCAUAAAGCAAGAUUACCAGAAAUUCCACUCGCAGAAACUGUUUACUCGAUUGUUGGUGUUCACACUUGAGGUGGCAAUUCAAACAAUGGCAAAAAAUGUCGAACAAUUCAUCAUUCUAUUUGAUGCUAGCUUUUUCAGGUCGGCUUCAGCUUUUAUGAACAUAUUACUGGCAACACUGAAGAUCAUGGCGGAGUAUUAUCCAGGCCGCCUUCACAGGGCUUUUGUCAUUGACCCUCCAUCUCUUUUCUCGUAUCUUUGGAAGGGCGUGAAGCCAUUUCUUGAGCUAUCACCAUCAACCAUGGUAGUAUCAUCCCUUGAUUUCGAGGAGUCAUUGGAGUUCAACAACUUCAAAUCUUAUCCCAGAGCUUCAUCCCUCCGAUUUGAUGCCUCCUCAGUACCAUCAACGGCCAAGAUCGGCGCAUGCUCUUCAUCAAGAUUUUCCUUCACCGUCUCCCAUCAUUUUGACUCCCUCAAACCUUGGUACCUAACGUUGACCGACACAUCAGCAUCAAAAGUUGGACCCACAGCCCCCUCUUCAACCUUACUGGGCCCAGCCCUCAUCUCACCCUUGAACGCUCGAUCCUUCUCCUUUGCAUCACCGGCAGCCAGGACGCCACCUGACACGUUCGGAGCCGUCAAAAAGGGGUUCUUCCCAUCUACACCAAUGCCCCAAAAAACCCAAAAAUUUGAUCUCUCAAGCAUUAACCAUCCAAGAACGCCGAAGCCCUCGUUCCUCCAGUCACCGGCCUUGUUUUUCAGGAAGGAUUGCCACGUCAGCAGGGCGGACAAAUGCCGCGAAUCCUUCGUUCCAUAUUUGAAGUUUUAUAGGAGGCCGUACGAUGAGAUGACUUAUAGGUCAAAAAUGAGACCUCCGCUUGGUGGCCUAAUCUCCAUCGUCUCUCCUCACCUCAGGCGAAGACACAUGUCGGUCUCUCAACGGUUUUGAUCUCGGACAAAAGUACAUAAUAAUAUUAUUAUAUUGACGGAAGACUUUUCAUCACUAAUAGUAAUUGAUUUACAUAUAUAUAUUUUUUUAUGAGUCCAAUGUCAAAGUAAAGUUAUUAUGGGGCCUCAUUAAGCACAAAGUUAUUAUGGUACAUUGAUUAUUGUUAGCAUGGCAAGGGGAAAGCACAUAAAAGAAAUAGAUUACGUGCAAAGUGGGAUGUGAAAGAUCGUGCGAUAUGUCUCACUUAGUGUAAUGUGGUGGUCACUAUAGGGUCUACACUUCGGGUCGUGCACUAACAUUGCAUGGGAACAAGAAAGCGUGGUCGAGACGGAGAACAUCAUCACAUUGGGAAUCAUUUUUAUGAUGUGUAAGGAAGACCAAAUCAACCUUCCCAGAAGAGCAAAGUUGAUGUCUUGAAUCCCUUUUGGACGAAUAGUUCGUUUUCAUUUUCUUUCUUCGAUUUGAAGUUUUGGGGUUCUUUCUACUGGAACCUAAUUGACACCAACUUGGUUGAAAUUUGUAAUGUUGUAGCAAUAAAAUAACGUGCCAAAGUUUGAAAAA